AUGUUCCUGUUGGCCAACUUGACCGGAAUCAGGGAUGAGCGCAUUAUUGCAUGGAUUCUGAAGCAGUACGAGGAGAAAACUUUUCAGGAAGGCAUCAAGGUCGUCGUCGAAGAGUUACAACCCGAAGUGCCCAAGCAGUCAACCGUGGAUGCUACCGAAGCCGCAGCAGUCGAUUCAAGCGAGACAAAUGACACAAGACACAACAACAAGAAGAAAGGCAAGAACAAGGGUCCAGGAAAAAACAAGGGCAGCAGGCGCGUGCACCUCACAACGUAG